GCUGGGGGUGAGGGUUGCCCUGAUGUGUCAUGGAUCAGGGCUGAAGCUGACCUCGAUGCUGAUUCACUGCUCCGGUUGUUGACAGCAAAACGACAUGACAAAGCGCUGCCAAUGGGCUGCGGCCCUGAGAACGACAACACCUCGCGCAAGCCUUUCAGCACUGUGCAGAAAAGGAGCUUUAAAAGGGCGAUCAAAAGGGCACAACAGACAGGAAGUGCCUGGUAUCGCGGACAAUGCAUGACCUUGGACCAAUUAACACCUGGCUCCAUCACCACCACUGACAAGCCUCAAAUCAAGCCAAUGAAGCCCAUUUCAUCUUGCCACCCAAGACCGCCAAAGCAUCGCAUGCAUAUAGGCCAUGUGAACGUGGGUGGAUUAGCGCAAGAACGUUUGCAUGAGAUCAAAAUUUGGGCACACCACACGGGCUUGGACAUAUUGUUGCUAAGUGAAACACGUUGGUCAUUUGAGGCUGAGUGGGCUGAUCGAUGGUGGUACCAUAUCCAUACCGGAUCUGACAAUGACAGAGCAGACGGACUGCUCUUUUUGAUCCGAAAGUCUCUCUGCCAACCACAUCAGAUUGGAUUCACUGCACCGAUGCAGGGUAGGAUUGGCCAUCUCAGACUGCAUUUCCAGAAGCGAUCCAUGGACAUCCUUGGCUGUUACCAAUAUGCCCACACCCAUGGACAUCAUAGGAUGACUCAACGCAGCCAUUUUUGGCAGGCCCUGGAGCACCAUGCAUCCAAACUGCCCAAUCGCAACAGUGUCCUGAUCCUGGGUGAUUUUAAUUGCAGUGCAAUCCCUGAGGGACCAUAUGUGGGCACGAACAUGUACACAUGGCAUGGCGUCAUUGGCACCAGCACACCCCAUUCUGACAGCAGUGUUCUCAUGGAGUUCCUUCAGAAAUUUCAGUUAACCAUCCUGAACAGUUGGAAUGCCAAGAAUCCCCCGACUUUUGAACAUUGCUAUACUGCCUCCACCAUUGACCACAUGAUGAUGCGCAUUGCUGACACCGAUGCCCCUGCCAAAGAUGUUAAGUUCAUCACUGCAGCACAGAUCCCGCAACCACUUAGUGCACCCAAUCAGGACCAAAGACAUGCCAUUCAGCAGCUGUGGCACCAUCGAGCGGGUAUCCUCCAGUGCAUGCAGGCAGAUGUCAGCUCCCUGUUCCAGGUGUGGUUCCACUACAGCAGGUACAAAACCAUGAAACGACUCCAACAGCGCCGCACACGACUGCUGAAGAGACAGAAACUGCAUGACCUUCUCCAAGAAGUAGCUCAUGCGUCACGCUGUCAUGACAGUUUUGCGGUAUACCAAACCAUCAGAAAGUACACACCCAAGCAGCCGUUGAAACGCAUCAGACUAAGACUUUCAGAUGGCACACCUGCCAAUGCUGAUCAGGUAAUGGCCAUGACCAAAGCCUACGUUGAGGACAUCUGGCACUCCGCAGAUCCCAUCCAAUUGCAACAGCCAGCGCCGGUUGGCAUUCCUUUUGACUUGGCUGAAUUAGAAGUUGAAAUAGCCAACAUACCCAUCACCAAAGCCGUUGCACGCAGUUGCUUGCCGGGGAUCUGCUGGAAGACACAUGCCAAACAGGUUGCUGAGUUUUUUUAUGCCAAGCUUCAAACCUGGUGGAUGCAAUACCCGGUAUUCAUUCCUCAGCAGUGGAAGGAUGCCCACCUCAGGUUUAUCAACAAACCUGCCAAACCUCCAGAUCGAUUAAGUCACCUUCGGCCCUUGGCCUUGCUGGAACCUGUAGGUAAAUGCAUCCUAGGUUUGCUCACCACCAAAUUUGCAGAUGCAGUUCAACCUUUGCUCAGCCCAUGGCCACAGCUGGCGUUCAUGCGACAGAGAUCGACGUUUGAUGCCAUACGACGUGUUGCCACCCACUGCGUCCGGAUCCGACAGAUGACGGCUGCGCAAAGACGUAGCGUUCACGAGCGUGCCAGGCAAGAGCAAUGCUAUCAGGUCUGUGGCGGAUUGCAAGUGCUGUUGGAUGCUAACAAAGCUUUCGAUUUAGUCCCAAGACCAACUUUGUUUCAUUUCAUCAAUGGCCUCCCCAUCGACCAGGUUUUGGUGACACUGCUGAGUGAAUGGCAUACCGCCACCAAUUACAUUGUGCCAGACGGCCACAACACUCAACGAGUUGCGACAGGGCCGCUGUUACAGAUGGUUCAGAGCACGUGGCAUGAACAACUUCAGGCACUGUUGACCCUGCCGGGCGACGAGGUUCUUGAACAAACGCGGCCUUUUGCCCAGAAGCUGCCCAUCCCGAUGCACACUGCCCAGGAGUAUCCGAAACUUACUCCUGCAGAUCUCACACUGCUGAUGACAAAGCCAUAUGGUCCUACAGCACUGAUUUGCGUACAGGAUUUGAACCUGCAUAUGCGGACACAACAUCCGACACUGCUGCCACAUGUGAUGUCCAAGGCCAGCCAGCUAGGUAGCAAUGUUCUUCGCUGCGAUGUUUGCAACGAGCAGUUUCAGGAGCUUCUCCAAUCCGGAGACAUCGCCAAACUGCGAGAGGCACCACAGAUGCGUUUACGCCUGCAGCUUGGCAUGAUGGUUCAGAAGCUGACUCAGCCAAUGUUCCUGCCUUGGACGUUUGAGAGAGCUCAACUGCGCCUUUACAUGACCGCUGUGACUCAAGACCCAAUCAGUGAACAAAUCUGUGAAGUUCUGCACAUGAGGCAUUUUGACAAACUGUGGACUGAUCCCAUGAUGGUUCAGUUCUUACGCACGCGAUGCUUGCUCUGUGGACUACAUCUUCAUCCUGCUGAAGUCACCGGUCACUUGCAUCGAGUCCAUCCCUUAGACUUGACAGAUCACCGGAUGCUGAUGCCACAGAAAUGGCUGAUCGGUCAGUCUUGGCUCAGAUACAUCUUCAGCAUCAGUGCCCUGUGGUCCUGCAAAUCGCACUGCUCCUUCAAGACCAUGGAGCUCUCACCGCAACUCACGGCCGAGGACGCCGAGAUGUUGGAGACCUUCAAGCAGAUGGGGCCUUUGUUGGCGCAGGAAAGAUACGCUCGACCAGACGCCGCCAGGGAGAACAAGAAACACAAACCGAAUGGGGCGCAGCCCGCAGAACCCGAAGGAGACAUGAUGCACCUUCUGAAGGUGAUGGGUCAACUCUUGUUAAGAGUGGAUGCGGAGCAACAGGCGCUCAAGCGUCAAGACUCAUGGAUUUGCUUCAUGCAAACCGAGCCCCAGGCAUUGCUCCCAUCGUUGGUCCUGAAGGCAGCCGAGUGGAAACAACAAUUGACGGUGAAGCAGGAGAACACGGACCAGAACUUCACCCCGCUCAGAUGCUACCUGACCCAACACAUGGCCACGACGCUGAAUCAGAGAGUCACCAGAUUAGCCAAAUGCAGCAACGAGGAUCCUCUGAAGAAGGUGGCCUUGGACCAGGGAGUUUUGACUCCCGAGGGGAACUUUCUGUUCCAACGAUGGAGCACUCAGGCCCAGGGCCUUCAGACGACCAGUCAGACGCCCAUCUCCCUGACCAGGAUGGUGAAGUACACGGAGCAACUCAUGGACAUCCUGAAAGAUCCAUGUGCCACAGUGAGAUUUCACAGCUUACGGCCGAUGUCAACCGAAGCUGUGGUGCUCUGGAUGUGGCAAAUAUCCAUGAGGUCGGACGACCUUCAAGUCCUGCUGACGACACUGCAAGGAUGCACGGUAUGGGCCCUGUUAGGGCUGUCCAUGAAGCCUCAUGCACUCUACCAGAGCAAGCAGGGCCAACACCUCCAGGGUCUUGCUGACAUCAAGUUGGCCAACGACUCCAACUGGUGCUAUGUCAAUGCGGCCUUUCUGACAACACUGUGGUCGUUUCUGAGCAUUUCAUCGUUUACCAUUGCUCAGUGGGGUCCUGACGCCACCCGCAUUGCCCAAUUGCUGAUGGCUCAUAAUCAAGAUCCUGUUGAACUUUCCAAAGUUGGUUUUCUGCAACCCAUUUUUGACCAAUGGCAUCAUUUGGGCAAUCAGGGUGACCCGGUGGAAUUCCUUGCUCACCUGAUGCGGGGACUCAGAUUUACAGGCAUCAACUUGGGCUGGGAAAAGAGAGUGCAGAUUGGUCUCCUCACUGAAGUGAUGGAUGAAAGCGAUGCAUUCACCCCACUGGUGUUGAAAUUUGAUCCAGCCAUGCUGCAGGAUGACUCCCUGACGCUGUGUCAAAUGCUUCGCGACUGGUCCAAUCAAGAUGGCAUGGUGACAGCCUUAACCAAUCAGACGCCAUUGGUUUGCGUACAGAUUGACCGCCACAUCCGCACAGGUGCAGGCCACAUUGCCAAGUGCGAUAUCCCAGUCAACUUUCAUUGGGGCAUUGAUCUGCCCUUCUAUGAUGGGGAAGGCUUAGCAGUGCAUUGGCGUACAUACAAGGUCAUUGCAGCCAUUGCGCACUUAG